AUGUCUACGGCUUACUGCGACCUCCGCGGCCUUCGUGGCCACUUGCUCUAUCUAUGUCUCGGCUUACUACUGCUUGUGAUCCCCGGAGAGGCUUACGAGAAACUUUCAGACGACACCCUGAAAGCACUUCCACGACCGAGUCAGGAUUUCGACAUUCACAGCGGUGCGCUAUUCUCGCCGAUCCUACAACCUCGCGUCCCUGGCACCGCUGGCCAUACGGCGGUCCUCGAGCACUUUGCGGACUUCUUCAGGACAACAUUGCCUGAAUGGGAGAUUGAAUUCCAAAAUUCCACCUCGAAAACCCCGGUGUCACACGGAAAGGAUGUUCCUUUCAUCAACUUUAUCGCAUACCGCGAUCCACCAGAGGCUCCAAAGGGAGAUGUUGGCCGAUUGACAUUGGUUGCCCAUUAUGAUAGUAAAUUGGAGCCGGAAGGGUUCAUCGGAGCUAUCGACAGUGCUGCGCCAUGCGCGAUGAUCAUGCACGCUAUGCGCAGCAUUGACUCUGCCUUGGAGAAGAAAUGGGCGGCAAUGAAAGAUCAAGGCAUGGAUUUUGUGGAGGAACACCAUGGAAUCCAGGUCCUCUUCCUUGAUGGAGAAGAGGCAUUCAAGGAAUGGUCCACUGAAGACUCAUUAUACGGUGCUCGCGCGCUCGCUGAAAACUGGGACACUCAGAUGAACCCGGCUAUGUCCACAUUCAAGACGCCACUAUCCUCGAUAUCCCUAUUCGUUCUAUUGGAUCUUCUUGGUGCAAAGAAUCCUAAUAUUCAAUCAUAUUACCCCACAACUCACUGGGCGUAUCAAGGCCUUGGUUCGCUCGAAAAACGUCUCCGAAGUCUUGGAAAAUUGAAGUCCACGUCGACUGACCCGUGGUUUAUUGAUACACCAAAGGACUCACACCAAGUCAUGGCAUUCGGCGGGAUCCAGGAUGACCACCUACCCUUCCUGGCGAGAGGAGUGGAGAUCCUUCAUCUCAUUGACUUUGCGCCCUUCAAGGGCUUCCCGUCAGUGUGGCAUACAGUCGAUGACGAUGCCGAGCACCUGGAUAUGGAUACAGUGAAAGACUGGAGCGUUUUAAUGACUGCAUUCGCUGCGGAGUGGAUGGAGCUAGAAGGAUUCCUUGAUCACAAGGACAAUGUGCGGCGUGAAGCGGGCCUGGAUGAGUCGGAGGAGGAGGCUAUCCGGCUGAACAAGAAGACCGAGUUGUAA